AUGUCAGACCACCAACUACCAGUUAAGCAACUGGUGAUACUCUCAAUAUGCCGCUUUGCCGAACCUAUUGCCCUCACCUCGGUGUUUCCAUACGUGCCCGAGCUCAUGGAGUCCUUUGGUAUUCCUCAGAAUGACAUUGCACGCUGGGCUGGUAUCGCAUCCUCGAGCUUCUCCAUAUGCCAGGCCUUCACUGGUAUUCUCUGGGGUGCAGCAUCCGAUCGUUAUGGCAGGAAGCCAAUUAUACUCUUUGGCCUGUUCAAUACCAUGUGGACCAUGUUGCUAUGGGGGUUUUCGGUAAAUCUGCCCAUGGCUCUUGCAGCGCGCGCUUUGGGUGGCUUAUCCAAUGGAAAUGUCGGUAUAUUAAGAACAACCGUGGCGGAGCUCUGUCCAUGGAAAGAACUGCAGCCGAGGGCCUUUAGUGUCAUGCCGCUAGUAUGGACUGUUGGUGCAACCUUUGGACCUACGCUGGGCGGUGCUCUAGCCAAUCCAUUGGGUGUUGAUCCGCGAAAACCAAGAGGCGAUGCAUUCCUUGCAAGGUUUCCCUAUGUCCUACCCAACAUCGUAGCUGCCGGAUUCUUUACCACAGGAAUCUUGGUCGGCUGGUUGUUCCUCCAAGAGACUCUUGAAAGCAAGAAGCAUGCACCGGAUCUAGGAUUGAGAACUGGGGCCAAACUAACUGCCUUUUUCCGCAGAGUAUUGCACUUACCCUCCAACAAGAAGCAUACCCAGUCCGAACGCGAACCCCUUCUUAGUCAACAGAAACCACGCGAUAGCGAGACAACUGUAGACGCUACCAUCAAAGUGAAGGAGAAGUCACCGACGAUUCGAGAUGCUUUGACAUAUCAGACUUCAUUGAACUUGAUCGUGUAUACGCUUCUUGCCAUGUAUACUCAGGCAUACGACCAGCUACUGCCAGUCUUCAUGCAUCAUCCUGUACAGCAAGCAGGCGAUGCUAAUGUGUCUCUCUCUCUCAAAUUUGCCGGUGGGUUCGGUAUCGAAUCUCGCCGCAUCGGCAUCAUCUUCACCAUCUUCGCCGUCUCGAGUACACUGUGCCAAUUCCUGCUGUUCCCACCCAUUGCUCGUACACUUGGCGUCCUCCGCUGCCUGCGCAUAGCCUUUUUGAUCUUUCCAUUCUGCUUCUUCGUGACGCCCUUUCUGUCGCUCAUUCCUGAUCCACUCACUCGUGAGAUUGCCAUGGUGGCUUUGUUGAUGGUCAGAGGUGUGGCCGGUACAUUUGCCUUUCCGACAAGCACAAUCAUGCUCACAAACAGCGCGCCCAGCCUACGCGUACUGGGGACCAUCAACGGUCUAGCUACGAGUUUUAGUGCAUUUGGAAGAGCGGCAGGCCCUACGCUAGGCGGCGGACUGUUCACAUGGGGUGUCAAGCGUGGCUAUGUCAUUGUGCCUUUCUGGGCCAUUGCUGCAGUCGCAUUUAUUGCGGCGAUACCCACCUUCUGGCUUGUUGAGGGCAAGGGAUUCGGCGACGACCCUGACAUCGACGAUGAAGAGAAUGUGAUCAUGACAGAAGAUGCCGAGGUGGCUGAUGAUGCUCUUCAAACAUGUUCGCCCCUACCAAUAUAUGAUGACAACACGCUGUCCGAGUCGGAAUUUGGCGACGUAGGAGAGACGCCGAACAUACUGAGUUAUACCAACACGAGGUCAAGCGCAGCCAUGGCGUCCGAUGAUGAAGAGGAUACGUUAGAUUUUGUCAGUCGUACAGAAUCAAUGAACACGUUGACGCCGACGGCGAGUCGCUCGCAGGGUAGAAGGAACACUGUGAGGAAGAGGUCAUCAGUGCCGAUUGGCAUGGGCAUAGGAUUUAGACGAUACAGUUCCAAUCUCGGUAGCACGGGCAUCGGAGGUGGAGGUGCUAGCUGGGGAGGUGCAUAG